AUGUCUAAACGUACACAAAUCGAUGAAACAAUCCAAAAGUAUUUUACAAAGAAGGAAUGGGAAGAAAUGUGCUCUUAUGAAAAAAUGCGUUAUACCAACAUUAAACUGAACUAUGACAUGAUGUGCAAAUUAGGUCUUGCUCCAAAGACCCCCGACUUCAUGCUUCCUCGUAAAAGAAAGGUGAUUGAUAAUGACACGGAAAGCGAUGAAGAAUGGACACCGCAGAAGGAAAGAAUUACAAGGAAAGUAUCAUUCAAACAUCCAAACAAGAAGAAACAAGACGUGGAACCAACACAGACGGACACCUCGUCAGACAAGAUGGAUGUAAACGGAAUACUGAGAAAGGACUUGGAUAUUGCAAGAACGACGUUAAAAAAAAUCGCAAGAAACAUUCAAAAACUGGAAGAUAACAUUUAUGAUACAGACGACUCCGACUCUGGGGAUGAAGUAGAAGAAGUCCGCUAUCCUCGAAGGUCAGUGGGUAAGAAAGACUACAGAGAAGCGGAAAUUCCCGACGAUGACCACUUCAUUUAUUGUGACGACUGUGAGGACGAGUAUGAAGGAGAUUGUCCUGUUCAUGGACCACUGUUGGUGAUAGAGGACAAAAAGAUACCGGCUGAUGGGUCCGAUCCCAUGAGAGCUGACCACAGUAUCCCAAAUAACCUGUCUAUUGGGACGUCUGGUAUAAAGAAUGCCGGAUCCGGCGUUUGGGCUGAGGUUCCUUUUCCUAAAGGAGUCCGGUUUGGUCCAUACGAAGGAAUCGUUACAUACGACUCUAUAGAGGCACAUCGGAGUGGUUACGCUUGGCAAAUCUACAAAAAUGGUCGACCGAGCCAUUUCGUGAACGCCAAAGAUACAUCGAAGUCCAACUGGCUUCGAUACGUCAACUGUGCCUGUAAUGAAGAACAACAAAAUCUGGUAGCUUUCCAGUACCAUGGACAAAUAUUUUAUCGGACGUACAAGCCCGUACUGCAGGGAUCUGAGUUGUUAGUAUGGUACGGAGAUGCGUAUGCUAAGGAACUUGGAAUAACUAGAGGAGACAAGAACUCUGUUCCUAAAUGUAUUAUGGAUAAAGAUG